UCAGUUUUUCUGGUUCUUCUUUGAUACUCUCUUGUGCCCUUCAGUUUAAGGACACUAACCCUUAUGGAGGUUUCAAAUCUUGUAGUUUUGCCAGCAGUUUUGGCAUUCUUUGUCCUUUGUCUGCAUUUCAUGAGAAGAAUGGUGAGACUCAGAAACCUUAAUCUUCCUCCUGGAAGAUUAGGGUGGCCUGUAGUUGGAGAAACCUUUGAGUUCAUGCAUGCAAUGGUUGAGGGCAACGUGUUGAGGUUCCUACAAGAGAGAGUGGAGAAAUAUGACUCAAGGGUGUUCAAGACAUCGAUGUUUGGAAACCCUGUUGUUGUGUUUUGCGGACCAGCUGGGAACAAGUUUCUGUUUAGCAAUGAGAACAAGAAUGUUCAAGUGUGGUGGCCUAGUUCGGUGAGGAAGCUGUUAAGGUUGUCCCUUGUUACCAAGGUUGGUGAUGAGGCAAAGAUGGUGAGAAAGUUGCUCAUGAACUUUCUUAACGCAGAAACACUCAGAAAUUACUUGCCAAAAAUGGAUAGAAUUGCUCAGCACCAUAUAGACACUUAUUGGAAAGGAAAGGAGAAGGUUUUUGUCCAUCCAAUUGUAAAGCUAUACACGUUUGAAUUGGCUUGUUGCUUAUUUUUAAGCAUUGAAGACUCUGCACAAAUAUCAAAGCUUUCGUUAAAGUUUGAUGCAUUUCUGAAAGGGAUCGUUGGCUUCUCCCUCAACAUUCCUGGAACAAGGUUUCAUCGUGCAAUAAAAGCUGCAGAUGAAAUAAGGAAAGAAAUUAAACUGAUUCUGGAGAAAAGGAAAGUGGAUUUGGAGGAGAAGAGAGCAUCACCUACUCAAGACCUUCUAUCACACAUGCUUCUUACAUCUGACCCAAGUGGAAGGUUUAUGACAGAAAUGGAGAUUCUUGAUAACAUACUUCUUCUACUUUUUGCUGGCCAUGAUACUGCUAGAUCAGUUUUAUCAUUGGUCAUGAAAUAUCUUGGACAGUUACCUCAAGUUUAUGAGCAUGUCUUGAAAGAACAACUUGAAAUUAUUCAAGGGAAAGAGGUGGGGGAAUUGUUGCAGUGGGAAGAUGUUCAGAAAAUGAAAUACUCUUGGAAUGUUGUGUGUGAAGUUAUGAGGCUGUCUCCACCAGUCAGUGGUGCUUAUAGAGAAGCUAUAAAGGAUUUCACCUAUGCUGAUUAUAACAUCCCUAAAGGCUGGAAGUUGCAUUGGAACACUGGUUCAUCACACAAGGAUCCAACAAUCUUCUCGAAUCCAGAAACUUUUGAUGCUUCAAGGUUUGAAGGAGCAGGACCUACACCCUUUGCACAUGUUCCGUUUGGAGGUGGCCCCAGAAUGUGUUUGGGCCAAGAAUUUGCUAGACUAGAGAUACUUGUGUUCAUGCAUAAUAUCGUGAAACGGUUCAAGUGGGAAUUGGUGAUUCCUGAUGAAAAGUUGAAGUAUGAUCCCAUGCUAGAACCAGUAAAAGGACUUGAAAUUCGACUUCAUCCUUCUAGUUUCUAGUCAAAUAACUUAGCUAUAACAUAAUGCAAGGUUUAGAAGCUUUCUAAGUAGUCACUUAUUGUGCUAUAUUUGAAUAAAACUUUUUUUCUACUUUGAUUAGAAGUUUUUUGUAUCUGCUUCCAUGAUUUCUAUGAAGUUUUUUUGCUACUUUGAUUAUUCUGU